AAAGAAAUUCCAGCUGCACCGGAAGCAGCUGACAUCAAUCACAGCUCAUCAGACUCACCUGCAGCACCUGUUAAAACCCGCCAUGCUUCCUCGGCUCGUCCCCCGACGGUCCAGUCCACCGCCAUCAUGCCCACCAGGAACAUCACCGGCGAACGACUCUCUAAGUUCAAGAAUAAAGGCAAAGGCCCGGCUAAACUUCGCGACAAGAGAAUCUCCGAGUGCGUGGAGCUGCGUAAAGCCCACAAGGAUGAAAACCUUCUGAAAAGGAGGAAUAUAAAGUUGUCUUCGUUCCCGGAUGAGGAAGCUCUGUCUCCAGAGUUCGUCCCCGACGACGUCGCCUCCAUCUCCAUCGAUGACAUUAUUGAAAACGUCAACAGCGACGACAGGGAAGCGCAGACCAGAGGAUGUCAAGCUGCAAGAAAGUUGCUUUCGCACGAGCGCAACCCUCCACUGAAGGAGAUCAUUGAUGCUGGUCUUCUGUCCCGCUUCGUCCUCUUCCUGGGCAUGGACGAUGAGCCCAAGCUUCAGUUCGAAGCGGCAUGGGCUCUGACCAACAUCGCAUCCUGGCACGCGCAGCAGGUGGUGGAGCAUGGGGCGGUUCCUAGCUUCAUUGCUUUGCUGUCCUCUCCUCGGCUGCACAUCAGUGAGCAGGCUGUUUGGGCUCUUGGGAAUAUUGCAGGUGAUGGUCCAGUGUACAGAGACGUCCUGAUCGACUGUAACGUCAUCCCGGCUUUAUUGGCCCGAAUCUCCCCAGAGACACCGAUUGGUUAUCUGAGGAACCUGACGUGGACAUUGUCCAACCUGUGCAGGUACAAGAACCCAUUCCCUCCACUGUCCGCAGUCCAGCAGCUGCUUCCAUCGUUGAACCAGCUGCUUCACUUGACUGACAAGCAUGUCCUGUCUGACGCCUGCUGGGCCAUCUCCUACCUCACUGAUGGGGAUAAUGGCCGCAUCGAGCGUGUGGUCAGCAAUGGGAUAGUUCCUCGACUGGUGGAGCUCAUGACCCACAAGGAGCUCAGUGUCACGACUCCAGCUCUGCGUUCUAUCGGAAACAUCGUAAGUGGCUCUGACCCGCAGACCCAAACAGCCAUCGACGCGGGCGUCCUCAACAUUCUUCCGCAGCUGAUGAGGCACAAAAAGGCCACCGUCCAGAAGGAAGCAGCCUUGGCUCUGUCCAACAUCGCUGCUGGUCCACAUAAACAGAUCCAGCAGCUCAUCACGUGUGGCCUGCUCCCCCCGCUGGUGGAACUGCUGAGAUAUGGAGAUUUCAAGACUCAGAGGGAAGCAGUGUGGGCAGUGACGAACUUCGCCAGCGUUGGCACUGUUGAGCAGGUGGUGCAGUUGGUCCAGUCUGGUGCCCUGGAGGCUAUAAUCAACCUGCUGCAGGUGAAGGAUGCCAUGGUCAUCCUGGUGAUCCUGGAUGCCAUCAAUAAAAUGUUCCUGGCGGCAGAGAAGCUGGGCGAGAUCGAAAAAUUGUCUGAGUUUAAGAAUAAAGCAAAAGACCCAGAAUUCAUCUAUGAUGACAUAGUCGCCUCCAUCUCCAACAUGAUUGAAAACGUCAACAGCGGCGACAGGGAAGCGCAGACCAAAGGAUGUCAAGCCCUGGUGACUCUAAUCAACCUGCUGAAGGUGAAGGAUGCCAAGGUCAUCCUGGCGAUCCUGGAUGCCAUCAACAUGUUCCUGGCGGCAGAGAAGCUGGGCGAGAUCGAAAAACUGAGGCUGCUUGUUGAAAAGCUCGGGGGACUGGAUCGAAUAAAGUUGCUUCAGAACCAUGACAAUGAGCUGGUGUACCAGGCAGCGCUCAACGUCAUUGAGAAAUAUUUCAGUGAUGUGAGCGAUAUGAAAAGCGAGCCAGUCGCUUAUUGGCAUUUUAAUCUUCCAACUUUGUUGCAGGACAAUGACGACUGUCUCGAGGUCGAAGCGACUAAAGACGCCUUUGUGUUCGGGACUCCUGAGAAUCAAAUGUUUCAAUUUUAACAUCUUGUUG